AUGGCGACGGCGCGCCCGCUGGUUUCCGUGUACAAGACGGAGGACGGGACUGCUUCCGGCACGUCCCUGAUGCCUUCGGUCUUCCUCUCCCCGCUGCGUCCCGACCUCGUGCGCUUCGUCCACACGAACUUGGCGAAGAACCGCCGACAGCCGUACGGCGUGGCGCCGAACGCAGGCUACCAAACUUCGGCCGAGUCCUGGGGAACUGGUCGCGCCGUGUCGCGAAUUCCGCGCGUCCCCGGCGGAGGCACGCACCGCGCUGGCCAGGCUGCCUUCGGCAACAUGUGCCGUGGCGGAGGCAUGUUUGCGCCGAACAAGACGUGGAGAAGAUGGCAUCGCAAGGUGAAUGUGACGCAGAAGCGCCACGCCGUGGCUUCCGCGAUUGCGGCGACCGGACUGCCCGCGCUAGUCAUGGCCCGCGGCCACAGAAUCGACGAGGUCCCGGAACUGCCGCUUGUUGUCAGCGAGAAGGUUGAGAAGGUGACAAAGACCCGCGAGGCCGUGAAGAUCCUCGAGACGCUCGGCUGCGGUGCGGAACUCGAGCGCGUGCGCGCGAGCGCCAAGAAGCUGCGCGCCGGCAAGGGCAAGAUGCGUGGCCGCAGGACGCACAUCCGUCGCGGGCCUCUCGUCGUCUACGCCGAGGACAACGGCGUCACGCGCGCCUUCCGCAACAUUCCCGGAGUCGAGCUGUGCAAGGUCGAUUCCCUGAACCUGCUGCAACUCGCUCCCGGAGGCGCCCUCGGCCGCUUCUGUCUGUACACCGCGUCUGCCUUCAAGCGUCUCCAGCUUCUCUUUGGCCGCCACACCGGUUCGGGCACGGCGCAGCUGAAGAAGGGGUAUCACUUGCCCAGGGCGUUGAUGGCGAACGCGGAUCUGAGCCGCAUCAUCAACUCUGAGGAGAUCCAGCGGGUGGUUCGUCCUGCGCGCAAGGCCCCGCAGAAGAAGCGCGGUCAGAAGAAGAACUUGCUCAAGAACCACGCCGUGAUGUGCCGGGUUAACCCUGCGGCGCGGAACUUGAAGAUUCUCGCGCGUCUCUCCCAGACUGAAGGCACCAAGCAGCGCGAGUUGGUCCUCAGAAAGAAGAAGGCGAACGUCGCGGAGCACAAGAAACACCGCAAGAGCGCUCGCCUUUUCGCUGCGGAGAUCCGACAGGCCUUCUCCGACAAGAUGGCCUCCGAACUCGAGGCCGCCGCCCGCCGCAAGGCCGAAGAGGCUGGAGCUGUCUUGGAAGCGAGCGCCGAGGAGGAAUAA